UGAGCUUAGAAUCCUCUAAUGGCAGCAACAAUAGUCAUGACCUCACAAUGGCCCCACGAGGCUGUGCCAAGUCCUGUCCUCCACCUCCAGCCCCCACCUGGUUGCACCCCUCCUCUGAGCUAUUGCAACAGCAUCCUGCUGGCCUCCCGGCCUCCAGCCUGUCCUCCACUCAGCCGCCUCAGUGACCUCCCCAAAGCCCAGGGCCAACGGCAUUACUCCCCCACUCGCCAAGCUGUGGUGCCGCGCUGCUGUUCUGGAAAUCAAUUACACACUCCGAGCCUGGCAUGCGAGGCCCCUUGACAUCAGGAUGUAAACUCCUUGGGAGCAGGGACUGUCAGCAGGCUUGGAUCUGCCCCCCAGACUUAGCACGAUGCCAGCCACACAGUGAAGAAACUGAGACCGAGCGAGACGUUGCCGAGGUCUGGCUGAGCCCUGAGCAGAGUGCCUGCUCCACAUCCUACUGCCUCUCCAAGGCCAUGCAGCUUGCUUUACUUUGUCCAGGUACAGACUCCAGGAUGUACUCAACACCCCCCAGAGAGCGUCAGCUGGAGCGUGUGGCUGUGAUGGGAGGCACCCACGGGAAUGAGCUCUGCAGCAUCUACCUGGUGAAACACUGGCUACAGGGCCCUUCCGAGCUGCAGAGGGGGACCUUUGCAGCCACGCCCUUCCUGGCCAACCCCAAAGCCACAAAGCACUGCAUCCGCUAUGUCAGCCAGGACCUGAACAGAAGCUUCACAAGGGCCUUCCUCACGGUGCUUCGAGCUGAUGUCUUGUCUCAUAUGAGAGCCCUGGUGGCUUGUGGUCUGGACUUCAACGACCUCUUCAACCAGGGUACCUCAUUCCCUGCUUUCGACAUUGUGGCUUAUAAGAUCAUAGAGCCCGUGGAUUUUCCUCGGUCUCCCUGCGGGGAGUUACUGGGAUUUGUCCACCCCCGGCUCCAGGACAAAGAUUUCUUUCCUCUGAAGCCAGGAGACCCCAUUUUUCAGCUCUUCAGUGGGGAAGAGAUCUUCUACGAGGGUGAUGCCACCAUCUACCCAGCCUUCAUCAAUGAGGCCUCCUACUGUGAGAAAGGAGCCGCCUUCUACAAGAUGAAGAAAUGCACAUUUUCUAUCCCACCUUUAGAGGCCCCAGUGGCAUCAGCCCCAUGAUUACUCAGGGGCCAGAUCGAGGCUGGGAAAACAGUCACAUUGACCUUCGGAGAACUCUCAACUGGUCCAGCCAUUCUGGAAAGCAAUUUGGAACAAUGCCCCAAAAGUGAUUAAAAGUUAUUAAACAUACACUUUGACCCAGCUGCUACUCUGCCUAAACCCCAAAAAGAUCAGAGAGAGAUGAAAAGUAUCUAUCUAUACAAAAAUAUUUAUAGGCAAACCUGUGAAAACUUAUCCAAACUGAUGCAGAGUGAGGUAAGCAGAACCAGGAGAACAAUGUAGACAAUAA